AUGAGUCCGAAUUUAGAAAACCAAAUGCCCGAUUUAGUGGAAAUUGAGCCCAAUCAGAAUCAGAUCAAUUUGACUCUGACUCCCAUUUCUGAUCUAAGUGCAUCGACGUCCCUUUCAGAUGGAAUUCAAUCGAGUGGAAGUGAGUCCCAUGAAGAAGUGCUGGUUGAUGAAUUGGCCGAUUUGGUAGUUGGUUCUGUUUUUGCGAAUCUGGUUUCACUAGAGCACAACAUUCGAGAGCUUUUGGUCAGAGUUUCAGGUACUGAACGUUUGGAAACAGUCACUCAAAUUAAUCUUCGAGUUAUUGCACGGGAAGUGGCUUUACAACAAUUGGGCACUUACUUGCCUGCCUUAAGAGAACUUACACUUGACGGGAGUAUUAUUUCGUCUUUUCGCGAUCUUGGCUAUGGUUUGAGGCACUUGAAGAUUCUCAAAGUGAAUAGAUGCCAGCUAACGUGCAUUGAUGGGGUAUUUGGGUAA